GUAAACCUACAGACCCAUCCAAACCGCUGCGACACUCGUGACUGGCACCAUAUGAACAUGGUUCAGCUGAAAGACUCUAAAGCCACCAGGUACUCUGCUGGUAGACUGAGCACUGAUUCAAUGAGACUGAUGCAAGAUAAGGAUCAAUUGACUUACCAGAUGCAAGAAGACAGUAGAAGAAACCUGGGAGAGAGGAUCUCCAACAUUGAUUUCUGGAGAUCUGAGCUUAUCUAUGAGCUAGGGCGUUUGCUGAAAGAGACCCAGGCCUUGGAAACAGCAAAGCAGCAUCUUCAAUGUGCUGCAGAUGAAAUGCAAGGACCACUGAAGUUAGGUUUGACAUAGCUAAUGGCCUGUAAGAAGUGGCAGGGUAUAGACUUAGUUUAUAAUGAUGUGGAAAAGAACCUCAUAAAGGAGGUUGGUAUACUCAAGGACUGUCAAGAAACAUUGACAAAACUUGCACAGAAAAAUCACAUCACCAGAGAUGCACAGCAUGCCCUGGAGCAAGAUCUUUCUGACAAAAACUCAGCCCAUUUUAUUGAUGAGAGGUGCUUUACCCUGAGGAACACAUCGGACAGCAUCAACUUUUACCAUGGAGUGGAGAAAGCAGAUGGGACUGUUUCAGUUCCUGCAACAUGGGCUAAAUUCAGUGAAGACAGUAUCAGGUGCUUUCAACAUGCCAGGGCCAACUCUAUCAAGCUCCAAGAGGAUGCAGAGGUUGGACUGGAGAGCACACCUGAGGAGACAUGGAAUAAUUUCAUCAGUUCCAACCUGGCCUUUAAUAAUCCAAUUGCUGAAGUAGGUGAUGCAAAGAACAAACUCCAAGCACAACUGGCCAAGAUACUUCAGAAAGUCUUCCAGACAGAAGAUACAAUCAUGUUACUGGAGAGAUCCAUACAGGCAAAGAAGCACCCACCGAGAGUGGUUCAGACGCUGCUGGAGGGAAGAACUAAACAACUCAAUACAGAACUUUGCUGUGAAGCACUUCAGUUUCAGCUUGUCACUGAAGUUUGCGCUAUAGAUGACACCUUACAGACCUUAAAGCUAUGUCUUCAAGAAGCCCAUGAUACUCUGCAGAUGCUGAUCCUCAACAAAGCAAAGCUGGAACAUGAGAUUUCUGUGAAGGCAAACUCCUCCUUUGUUGACAAGAAGUGUACAGACACUUGCAAAGUCUUCCCCAGCACCCCGUGGCUCGUUGGCUACACUUGA